AUGAAGUGCGACGAGCAGCUCCCGGUUUGCCAAAACUGUCUUACUUCGAAAAGAAAAUGUAUCCGAGGUGUCCGUCUUAAUUUCACGCUGUACACCUUUUAUGAUCCCAAGGAGUCGAUGCCUGAUCCUGUUGAGCUGGGGCCUGAAGCUCAAGCCCCGGUAGACUUAUACUCAGCUCCGAGAUAUUUCGCUUUCCUUGAUCAAUCAGUUGCUGUUUCCACCUACUACAAAGAUGGUAAGGAUGCCUACAGACCCUAUUUGCAUUUACAUUCUCAGCAUGAUCUUAUGGAAGCCUCCCGUCAAAUGAACGUGGAUUGCAACUCCUCGAAAGCGGUAUCCACACUUGAUCCCUCAGAAAACGUUAUAUCAGAAAAUUAUGACAUCACGAAUUUGCUUGCAAAUCCAGAACUCCAAGGCAAGCCUAGCGACUUUACCUUGGACUACCACUCGGCCCGUUCAAGUUUUCUGCACCACGAACAGAGACGUUCGUCUGUGGAGUUGUUAAAUGAACUUCCAGCUGAAUCUUCUGUUGAUGCCCAGUUAUUCACCGAGUUAAUACACACCUAUAGAUACUAUUGGUUGCUAGACAUCUUCAACGAGAUUCACUGGUGGAAGGUGUUGGUGCCCAACUACUGUGUGAGGUUGGCUCAGGCUGCAGAGGUGGAGGGUAAAACACCCCCAGGGUCGUCGUUCUUGCUCAUAAACUGCUUACUUGUUUGCGCCGACACUGCCUCUCUCGAAGACAUACUUCGUGUAACCGAAAACCAGUCCAAUGAAUGGGAGUUUUUCGAAACGAGAGAGGUUAACAUGUCGACGUUCAGAGCCUUCGAGAGGGUUUUGCUUAGUGUUACCCUCGUAACGCUAGCGUUGUUUAUCCAGCUCACCUUAAGGCAAACGUUGGUUCUUGACAAAAACUUCCAAUUAAUUUUAGCCAACCAGGGCAAACUCUUUCAAAAGCUUAUGCUUCGGCUCACCCAAGUGCCAGCUGGCCGGAUGAAAAAAUUGAAGCAGUCACCCCUUACAGUCGAAAGCGUCAAGGCCAUGACGAUUUUACGUUUCAUGAUCAAGGUGAAUAUCCAGAGAAGAAACGCUGCCUUUUCUUACUCCCUUGUGCCGACAGACCCAGAAUCCAUUUCACAAACAGUCAUAGACUACUCGCCAACCCAAGCAAUUGACUGGAGCUAUUUCUUCACCAUCACGCCAUAUGAGACAGAACUACUCAAUAAUGGCUUCGCCAACUUUGAUAUGCCUCAGGUGGCUCCAUACAGCCUCCGGAGCCAACCAGGUGGUUCUUCGGAUGCUAAAAAGUUAAGAGAUCUGUUUUGGGAAAUUAUUAAGGCCGACUAUGUGUACGAUAAUGUUGAACUACGGGGGCUCUUCUCGACCAAUGAACCAGCAUUGCAAACACUCAGAGAAACAGAUGUUAACACAGGCAACCAACCAAGAAGUUCGUUUGUUCGUUCGAACGAAAGGAGCUUAGCGAUGAACUUUUUAUCACAACAUCUUAAUAGGGUCCAACAGUUCUCGAGUAACGACUCGGUAGCAGGCUGUGCCAAUCUAUUUCGAUUGAUUGAUGAUUCGUCUAUGGAAAAACCGAUUAAAGCACAGUGGCAUCGUCAUUUCUCUUGGGUGUUUGAAUAA